UUCAGCUGUUUGUGUGUGUCAUUCUCUGCUGCCUUGACAAUUAGAGAAUUCUUUACACACAAAUUGCGUGUAUAUUAAACAAAACACAUUUUUUCUAUUGUUAAUACAAUGAGCAACGCAAUUAAUAUGAAUUGGUUGUGCUCAGUGGAAGGAGAAUCAUUGCUACAUCAUUUUUACGACAGUUCGACGAAAAAGCGACGAUUUUAUGGUAUUCUAGAAAGACCGGCUUUACCUGCUUCGAUCGAGGAAGUUACUUACAAAAUCUUCAUGAUUGGUAGACCAGGAGUUGGAAAGUCUUCUGUCGUUAACCGGUUGUCAGGCAUUGUAGCAACUGGGGAAAAUUCUUCUUACACAGAAACAAAUGGUAUACGGAAAACUACCGUUUUUUGGCCUGUCAAAAUCUGGGACAAAGUCGUACUUUUCAAACUUCAAUUCUGGGACACUUCUGAGAACAGUAUCAAAAAAUACAAUCACAUACUGCCGGCCUGUAAAGACAAAGUCGAUGCGAUUUGUUCAGUUUUUUCGUUUGACGAUGCUACCAGUUUCAGAGACAUUCCUUACCUCAUGAAUUCAAUGGCAACAUGUACACAAAAUCCAGCUAACAUAGUCAUUGGAACAAAGUACCAAGCUUAUGCUCCAAUGACAGUGACGGAUGGUCAAGUAAAAGAAUUUGAAGAGCGAUGGAAAACAAAAGUCAUCAAAAUUGAUACGAAUAAAUGUACAGCCAGAUCGGAAAUCCUCGAUUGCUCUUAUCACAUGAAUAGUAUCUGUAAAGUUCUGUGGAACAGAGAUCAGGAAUUCAUAUCUAAGCAGAUAAUACAAGUUUGAGGUCAAAAUUCAUGAAUUAAUAAAAGAGAAAAGGAAUGAUAAAUGGUGGAAGUGAUGUAAGAAAUACAAGAGAUUAAGACUGAUAUUUUUUUAUAUUUCAUAAAAAACUUGGAAUAGUUUGACAUUCCGGUGACUGAAUACUUCCUGAGGAAUGUUUAAUAAAUAUACUUUAUAUGCUA